AUGAGUUCAUAUUGCCAACGAAAGAGUCAUUCUGCAACUUCUGCCUUAACAUUAUCACAACAGGAACUCAAAGAAGAAGCACUGCAACCGCCCAAUCUUCAAAACAUUCAUCGGAGGAUCAAUGAAAUACUUGCAGCCUCAGGUGUGGAACACAAGGAAUUGGUAUCACUGGCUGAACCACUUUUAUCUGAUCUUCCAAAAGUGCCACGUCCACAAGAGCCAAAAUCUGUCUAUGUUGGAGGAGAGCAUAGAUGUCAAUCUGAUUUGCCGAGCACUCAUAUUGCACUUGCAUUUGAAAUUCCUGGAGGUUGGCGUCAAGAGAAGGAAGCAAUGGCAGCAACCGUUCUUCAGGUGCUUAUGGGAGGUGGUGGAUCAUUCUCUACUGGUGGACCUGGUAAAGGCAUGCAUUCUCGGUUAUGUACGUUACCAACAUUUUGAUUGCCUGUAAUACUUAUCAGGAUGUUUUUUUUCUAUGAUCAAGAUUAAUGAUUUUGAAGCCGGAUUUUGUUGAUAGCAUUAGCAAUUGAAUACUUUAAAGGCUCAUUCACAUGUUUUAUUUGUUAGAGUUUAGAAUGCG